AAUCACCCGGCGGUUGGUUUCAUUGAGUUUUUAUUUCAGGAGCUUGGAUUACUGUGCGCUCAAAGGCCAACAUGCCCACCAAAAACGUUACCGACGAACGGCUCUCCAAAUUUAAGAAUAAGGGGAAAGAUCCAGCAAAACUUCGGGAGAAAAGGAUCACGGAAUGCGUGGAGUUGCGCAAAGCUCACAAGAAUGAAAAUUUCUUGAAAAGAAGAAAUAUAACGCUGUCGUCCCUCCCGGACGAGGAGGCCCUGUCUCCAGACUACAUCCCCAACGAGCUGGUGACCCACUUAUCCAUUGAGGACAUAAUUAAAGACGUGAACAGCGACUGCAGGAAGUCCCAGACCCGAGGCUGUCAGGCAGCCCGGAAGCUGCUUUCUCAAGAGCGUAACCCUCCUCUGAAGGAGAUUAUAGAUGCUGGUUUGCUGUCUAACUUUGUGUCCUUCCUGUCUAUGGACGAUGAGCCAACUCUGCAGUUUGAAGCAGCUUGGGCUCUAACAAACAUUGCCUCCGGGACCUCUUGGCAUACACAGCAGGUGGUGGAACAUGGGGCUGUACCAGCUUUCAUCUCUUUGCUGUCCUCGCCAAUGCUGCACAUUAGUGAACAGGCUGUCUGGGCUCUUGGGAACAUUGCAGGUGAUGGUGCAACUUAUCGCGAUGUCCUGAUUGAGUGCAAUGUCAUCCCAGCCUUGUUGUCUCGAAUCUCUCCAGACACACCGGUUGGCUAUUUGCGUAACCUGACAUGGACUCUGUCCAACCUGUGUCGAAACAAGAAUCCAUUUCCACCCUUGUCUGCAGUCCAGCAGAUGCUUCCUUCACUGGUCCAGCUGCUUCAUCUAAGUGACAAGGACAUCUUAUCUGAUGCAUGCUGGGCAAUCUCCUACCUUUCUGAUGGUGACAAUGACCGCAUUGAAACUGUAGUGAAAACCGGUAUUGUUCCUCGACUGGUGGAGCUCAUGAGUCACCAGGAGCUUGGUGUCAUGACCCCAGCUCUCCGCUCCAUUGGGAACAUAGUGAGUGGCUCUGACCUACAGACUCAGACUGCAAUUGAUGCUGGAGUUCUAAAUGUCUUACCAAAGUUAAUGAGGCAUCCAAAGGCCAGUAUUCAGAAGGAGGCAGCAUGGGCCUUGUCCAACAUUGCUGCAGGUCCAUGCAAGCAAAUCCAACAGCUGAUCACCUGUGGUCUGCUUCCUCCUCUAGUACACUUACUGAGAAAUGGUGACUUCAAAACUCAGAGGGAAGCUGUUUGGGCUGUGACAAACUUGACUAGUGGGGCUACUGUGGAGCAGGUAGUCCAGUUGGUGCAGAGUGGUGCUCUGGAAGCAAUCAUCAACCUACUUCAGGUCAAAGAUGCCAAAGUCAUUCUGGUCAUAUUGGAUGCUAUAAACAACAUCUUCAUGGCUGCAGAAAAGCUUGGUGAGAUGGAGAAGCUUAGCCUGUUGAUUGAAGAGCUGGGAGGACUGGACCGCAUUGAGAUGCUGCAGAACCAUGACAAUGAAAUGGUGUAUCAGGCUGCACAUAACAUAAUUGAGAAGUACUUUAGUGAUAGUCUCACUCAUGGUGAGAAGGUUGAUGCAACAGAGGAUGAAUUUGCUUUUCAAAGCCCUGAUGUCCAGAAAGCCUUUGAAUUUUAAAACUGACUAUGUAUGUUUUGAAUUCAUGUUGAAAAUUUGAAUAAAGGAAUGAUCUCAAUGGUACUAAACA